AUGGCACCGAUUCGCCGCUAUCUCCGCAUCACCAAAUUCUCGGUCCUCGAGGUGCGAAUCUAUCUGCACACGCCCUCCGACGCGGCAUGGCUGCUCUCCUCGCGCGAUAACGUCCUGGACAGAGUCAUCCAGGAAGUACGUCCGAAAGUGCUCCCAAAGCUGCGCGAGGAAAAUCAGAAUGCAAAGUUGAAGUCCAAGGGCAAAAAGAAGCGAGGCAUCAAAGACGUGGCGAGUCAGGACGACUUUGAGGUCUCCAUCUUUUUGAAGGAAACGAGCACGAGACACAGUCUUUUAACAAAAAGGAAGGAGUUCAGUAGCAAGCCCAAGUUACGAUCGAACGGCAAAGGUCUCACGGGAUGGCUGGAAGGGAACAAGAAGGAGGAUGCAAUUGAUCUGGAGGAGGGGAAUGAGAUGCCGCAGAUUCUCCGAGACGAAGGCGAGGGAGAUGUUGUAGAAAUGCAGGACAUUCCAGAGGCUGACAGCACAAGGACUGGCAGAAAGAGACGGUCUGGCGAAAUCGAAGGGCAGGAUGCAGAUGAUGCGCUCUUUGUGUCCUCAAGUGACGAGGAAUUCUUUGCGACGCAGCGCGCGCAGCCAUCCAGGAAAAGACAGAGAUCACGCCAGGCUGAGAUCGAGCAGCUCGAAGAUGAUGAUGAUGAUGAGCAGAGAGAUGACAAGAAGAAGUUUGCGCUCAACACGAACUUCGAUGGGUUUAGCAUAUAUGGAAGAAUUCUAUGCUUGAUUGUUACGAGGAAGGGCAGAAAGGAAGCCUUGACGAGUGCCUUGCACGAUGCUCAGCCUGCGGGCGGUAGCCAAAUGAUGGAGAAUUUCAUCGCUACGCAAGUUGCGAGAGAGGCUGGCUUGAGCGAAGAGGACGAUUGA